AUGACCGCAGUGCAAAAACUCCGAGCCAUGCUCGCCGACUCAGACAAAUUUAUAACCUGCCCCGGUGUCUACGAUGGUUUCACAGCAAGAAUAGCACUACAAGAAGGCGUAGACUGUUUAUACAUGACCGGCGCAGGAACAACAAUGUCGCGCCUCGGCUUCGCCGACAUGGGCCUCGCCACGCUCACCGAAAUGCACCAAAACGCCACCAUGCUCGCCUCGCUCUCCCCGACAACACCCCUCAUCGCAGACGCUGACACAGGCUACGGCGGUCCCCUAAUGGUCGCCCGCACAGUAACCUCCUACAUGCGGUCCGGCGUCGCCGGCCUGCAUAUAGAAGACCAACCUAUCAAUAAGCGCUGUGGCCACCUGCAGGGCAAGCAGCUCGUGGAUCUUGAUGAGUACCGCACCCGAAUCCGUGCUGCACGAUUAGCGAGAGAGCAGGCGGGUGGGGAUAUCGUAAUUAUUGCUAGGACGGAUGCGUUGCAGAGUCAGGGGUACGACGAGGCUGCGAAGAGGCUCAAGGCGGCGGUGGAAGAAGGAGCUGAUGUGGCGUUUCUAGAGGGCGUGACAAGUGAGGAGGAUGCGAGGAGGAUAUGUGCAGAUUUGGCGCCGACGCCGUGUUUAUUUAAUAAUGUACCUGCGGGUGUGUCGCCGGAUUUUAACGUCGAGCAGUGUAAAGAGUUGGGGUAUAAAAUGGCGAUUUUUCCGCUACUCGCAUGUGAGGUUGUAUAUCCGGCGGUUAGGAAGGCGGUGAGGCAGAUGAUGCAGCUGGGGAGUGUGAAGAGUGUUGAGGAGGAUGGUAAGCGGUAUGGGCCGCGAGAGUUGUUUGAGGUGUGUGGUUUGGAUGAACUGAUAGACUUUGAUCUUAAGGCUGGAGGGUUGAGUUACAAGAAUGGUGCGUAA